AUGGCGGAUGAUCUGUUCAUUUGUGACGAUGCUUCACUUUCCCAGGCAACCGACCCAUGGGCCGAGAAUUCUCAAUAUGCCCCCACCCCAGGCAAUCUCGGUUAUUCUCCUGCAUACUCGUAUAAUCCCUCCCCGCAACGUAUCUUGCCACCGCAACCACCGGAUCGACUCAAAUUUCUACCAUGGGCCGAAUGGGAUAAAGAUCGCGAAUAUGAUGUGCAGCCACCCCAAUGUGUUUGUUAUAUCCUUGAGUGGAAAGUUAUGCUCAGCAUAAAGAAAUUAGGUGGUGAAACUCGAAAGGACUUGGUUGUAGCUCCUAGUGAUUACUGGCAGAAGUCUUUGAAACAGGCUGUUGAAAAUACGCUACAAACGACGCGGAAGCGUCACCAGAGAGUUGAACAUGAAAGUACAACAAUUAAAGUAUGGGUAAAGGACAAAUCACAAUUUCCCCUUGAAAUAUUUUACCCCUCGAAUGCUACAGACAUCGAUUGGAGCCCAGUGCAAGCGCAACUAUGCAAGUGGAGUAAUCUCGUUCGUGUUGGGAAGAAGCCAAUCAUUACUAUUGCUUUCAAGUAUCAGCAAAUCGAUGAUCCUGUAUCAUCAACUAGCAAGGGCAAGAAACGACGCCGAGUGACAGCGACAACAACUAUGCUUGCUGAACGUGACGAAGAUAUCGCUGCGGAAGAAGAGAUGUCGGGGCGACCUUGCAGCUGGAAUCUAGUAUAUGAGCUGAUGCGAUGCAAUGAUGGCAAGCAUUAUAAGCUCCGAGAACCACACAUCGAACGACCCAUUGACUAUGUGGAUAAUGAUGGCAAACUCGAAAGUCAUGGUGAUGUCCCUCGGGAUAUUCGCCAGGACCUCAUCCGGGAAAGCCAAACUGGGAGAAGAUCCAAGAAAGCCAAUUCGCCGGCAAAUGGGUCGCCAUAUCAUCCAGUGAACAUUAAUGUCCUGCCAGCCCCGACACAGCAGGCCCUCACGGCAGCUCCGUCACCUACCAGACCUUCUUCCACCGUCGAAAGUCUUUUGAUUCCUGGACCACGGGAACAAGCGGUAAGAAAUUACUGCAAGUGGCUGGAGUUAAAGGCUACGGAAGAUGACUACAAAGCUGAUUUCCGACGAAUCUGCCAAGUGACUCUUGAGAAUCUUCUAGACCUUGAUCUCAUCGUCCAAAGUUCCGAUCAGAGAGGAAACAAAAUCGGAACCAUUCUGAAUUUCAUGAACAGGAUUCAUGAAUGGGUCCAACACGUGACAACACAGAUACCCUCAGAGAGUAUGGCGGGGAGUCCUAGUGAAAUUGAGGACUAG